AGUCAGAAUAUUGAUUUCAUGCUUCGCUUGGUAACACCUGAGUAUUUUUCUGAGAACUAGCAUCCUCAUUUCCAAGUUAUACUUCUUGAAUAAGAAAUGUCUAAGGUAAAGACCAUGAUUGAUGCCAAGAUUGGUGGAAAGAAAGUGGUUGUCUUUUCCAAAACUUACUGUCCUUAUUGUACCAAGGCAAAAAAGGUUUUAAGAAAUCACUAUGGAAAGGAUUUAAACGAAGCUGAUGUCGAUAUUAUGGAAAUAGAAAAUGAUCCAGAUUGUGACGCAAUCCAAGAUUAUCUAAAAACAUUGACAGGAGGGCGAUCUGUUCCUAGAGUUUUUAUUAAUGGAAAAUGCAUUGGUGGUGGAGAUGAAACCCAAGCUUUGGAACAGUCAGGAAAACUAUCUGGGCUUCUGCAAUAACAUUUAUAUACAUGUAUACAUCAUAUAAAAUUGAAGCAUCUCAACAAAAUCCGAAAAUAGUGAAUGACUUGACUAUUAUGCAUCUUAUCCUCAUCAGGAUUUGUUAAUCUAAAGUCAAAUUAAACUUCUUGUCCUCAGCAUUGUCUAUCCAAUGUGUUCAUCUGUAUGACUAUACAUUUCCUAGGGUAUUGUUGCUUUCAAUUCGUCUUUCACUUUUACUCACCUUCAGUGUGAUUUAUAUUGACUAUUUAGCCUUUUCGUGCUGUUUAUGAUGUUUAUAUAAUAAAAUUACAAC